CGACACUCAGCCCUGCAUGUCUUUUGUCAACUCUGUUUUGGGGAGACCUGGUAGGACAAAUCCUUGGGCACCAUGCUGACGGACCUGGAGAGUGCCAUGAACUGCAUCGUUGAGGUCUACCACAAGUACUCCCUGGUGAAAGGGAAUUACCACUCCAUCUAUAGGGAUGACUUGAAGAAAUUGUUACAGACGGAGUGUCCUAAGUUUUUGGAGGAAAAGGAUGCAGACACCUGGUUCAAAGAGUUGGACAUCAAUGAGGAUGACGCACUUAACUUCCGGGAGUUCCUCUCACUGGUGAUAAAGGUGGGCCUGGCAGCCCAUGAAGACAUUCACAAAUAGCAGAGCUAUAGAGCCCUGGGGCUGGUCCCCUGGACUUGUCCCUUCAGAGUAAUAAAGUAA